UCUGCAUAGCGGCGGAGAAGCUUUGUCCCGAGGAUGGCGGGCAGCGCUCUUGGCAGCAUCUUCGCUCUUUUGCUAGUCCAAUGAGCCUGCCACCUUUGAUCACGACAUAGCGUUCUCUGAUCUCGACUUUAACCAGCCCUGGGUUAAUAAGAUUCAACAAGCGAUCUCCUUCCUAGAUGCCUGCCUGCGGCUAGGCCAUGUUUCCUCAAGGCUGAGAUGGCAAAUGGAGGGGCGGCUCCCACACCUACGCCUCAGUUUCCCACGCAUAAUGCCCCUCGAGUUUGGCUGUUGACGUCUGGAGAUUCGCCUGUAGGCAUCUCGAUAGCUCGGCAAGUACUCGAUCAUGGGGAUUAUGUCGUGUCCGGUAUCAUCCAGGCUGAAUUUGAGAAUGAAAGUUUACGAAGUCAAGAGUUCAAGAACUUCCUCUCGGAAGUGGUACGAACGGAUGGAUGGAAGGAUAGAUUGAAAAUUGUACCGUUAGACAUCAGGCUUGUUGGGCAAUGUCAGGCAGCUAUCGCAGAAGCCGUGCAUACCUUCAGAAAGAUCGAUAUCCUUUUCUGCUGUACCAGUGAAGCAGUGAUUGGGACAGUGGAAGAAUUGUCAGCGAACCAGCGCACGUUGACAAUGGUCCGAGACCAAUUCGAAAAGAAUUUCUUCGGUCCAAUGAACAUAAUCAGAGCCGUUAUUCCUCAUAUGCGCUCGCUGAUGAAUGGGCACAUCAUUGUGCUUACCGGCAUCAGUGGCCAUCUGGGCACCCCGGGGCUCAGCAUGUAUUGUGCUUCUGGUUGGGCGAUAGAAGGUUUCUGUGACAGUGUUGCCUAUGAAAUCGCCCCGUUCAAUAUAAAAUUGACCAUCGUUCAAGCCAGCGUCGAAAUUGGCAUUUUGACGAACAAGAUCACUUCAGCCCCAGCAAUGAAGGCAUAUACCAGAGAGUAUGGGCACAACGCCCCCAUAUUCCGAGGUAUUAUUGAUGGACUGCUCAACCGACUACCGGGCAUUCGCGCUGAACACCCUCCACCUCCAGAGAGAGACAUCCAGUCACCUUCUUCAGAAUCCGAAAGACAAAGUGGUCCUUACCUACUCAGUCGCGACGACAUUGCGAGCUUCUAUCCACCCUUGAGCCAUGCACACACGGAAAAGUUGAUAGCCGAGACGGUGCAUGCCUUGACGGCUAUUGGAGGCCAUGAGAACCCCCCAGCACGGCAUAUUGUUGGGGUAGAAGGCGUGGCCAGUGUGAAGGAGAAGCUCAAGAUAGUCAGUGAAGAACUCGAGGAAUUUGUCGACACGAGCGCAUCGGCCGAUAUCCUGAAACAGCAGGUCAUUGCCGGGCGUGCCUCGAGCAUAAUGGAUGUGGAUGCGAAAGAUUUCGACGGAGAUAUCUUCGAUAUGUCAUCGAACUUUCGCUGACAACUGCCUUGACUGAGG